AUGGAGCCCGUGAAAAUUCAGGAGCAGCAUAAUCCUGUCCCUGCUGACAGCCUCAAGCGCAACGAGACCACUGCGCGGGAGGCCAUGCGCCUCGAAGACGGACACCUUAACCCGUUCGCGGUCAGCAAGCCGCACUGCCAGGCCUACUUUGAAGGCCUUGCCCAGCGCCGUCACCAUCGCUGUCGGAGGAACUGGCUGUUGCUUGUCGCCUGCACUCAACCCAGGGUGAUUGCGGUAACCAGCGUGGCCCGGCGCGUGGCCCAGGAGCUCGACGUGGGCUUGGGUGACGAGUUCGGUUACGCCGUUCGGUUCGACAACACCAGCAACGACCGAACGAUACUCAAGUUCCUAAUGGACGGCCUUUUGCUGCAAGAGCUUCGUUCUGAUAGAGAGCUUAGCCGAUAUGCUUGCGUGAUGGUGGACGAGGCCCAUGAGAGGACCAAGAACACCGAUCUUCUCUUGGCACUCCUGAAGCAGGCGAUGGGAAUGCGGCCAGACCUCAAGGUCGUGGUCAUUUCGGCAACGAUCGACUUUACCACCUUCAGCAGGUACUUUCCUGGGUCCAACGUGUUCCACGCCGAGGGACACGCCUACCCCGUCCAGAUUCAGUAUCUGCGGGAGGCGACGCCUGAUUACCGGAAGGCGGUGCUGGAAACGGUAGCCCACAUCACGCAAACCAAGCCCGAGGGAAGCAUCUUGGUCUUCAUGACCUCUGUCCAGGAGAUCGAGGAGACGUGCGGGUUGAUCAGGAAGAAGGUGCCUGGUCUCCAGGUCUUGCCUCUCUACUCGUCGCUCUCAAGAGCCCAAAUGGAGGAUGUCAUGGACACCAACACGGGUCGAAAGUGCAUUCUCUCGAUAAAUACCGCCGAGAACAGUUUGGCUAUUGAUGGCAUUACAUUCGCGAUCGUCAUGGAAGAGGUUCUGGUUCUGAAAUCUUGCGGCUUUCACAAAAUCUCCAACUUGAACUUUGUUGACGGUCCCCAUGCAGAGACACUGCUCCGGGCUCUCUAUGAGCUCCGUGCCUUGGAGUAUAUUGAUGCCGAUGCCAAGCUCACGACAAAGGGCUUUAUGGUAGUGGGUAUGCCUGUGGACACUGCCUGGUAUAAUGCGUUCCUCAAGGUCAAGGAGCUCGGCUGUCUCGCCGAGAUUGUCACCGCCGCGUGCCUUCUCAGCACGCAGGACGACAUCACCAUGCGGCCCAAUGCGCCGCGAUACGUCGCCGACGUUAUUCGGCAGCAAUACCCCGAUGCCAAGUCCGACCACUUGGCACGACUGAACGCUUUCCACAGCUACAUUCAUCGCCACAUCGAGUCUGCCAGUGAUGAAGACAAGCUGGCUAGAUGGUGUCGAAUGUCGUUCAUCAACCCGAAGGUUGCAGAGCAGGCCCUCAAGAUGCGAAACGGCCUGAUGCCAAGCGUGUCCAAACGCAUGCUCGACAAUGAGCCUGUGCUGGCAUUGGAGCCUUCCGACCCGGACUUUGGGUUGAAGAUCCGUCAGAGCUUGGCGGCCGACUUUUAUCACAAAGUCGUCUAUCUGGAAAGAAGGGGCACCUACAAGACUGUCCACGAGAACCAGCCAGUCCUCCCCAAGCCAGAUAGCUGCCUGGUCGGCGAGAAGUAUGAGUGGGUCAUAUGUGAUCACAUUUCCUUCGCCGGAAUGAGAUACGUAACAGCUAUCGACCCGGUCUGGAUUAUGGACCUCGAGCACUUCCAGGAGAAAAACCUGGCGUACAAUUUCGAUGGGGAAACCUUGAAGUACCCAUAUGUCAAGGCCUCCCUCGACCUGGCCCGAGCCACAAGGGCAUCGCGCUCUUUGUAG